AUGGCGAACGAAAACAGGGGCAAUGCCGGCAGGAGGCUGCCUGCCGCUGUCCUUGAUGAUCUGGCAAAGACAGCUCCAGACCAGAAAUUUGCUCUCAUUCCCAACGGGCCUGAAGUGUCAGAUGGCUUCCGCGAGGUCAAGAUAAGGGACCUGGCCCAGGCAGUCAAUUACGCAUCCUGGUGGAUUGAGAAGACGUUCGGUCGUCCUUCCAAGCCGGAAACGCUGUCCUACAUGGCAGCAAAUGAUAUCCGCUAUGUGAUAUUCGCUCUUGCGUCUAACAAGACCGGCUAUAAGCCCUUUCUUCCCUCCACAAGAAACUCGGAUGAAGCCUUUCUGCACCUUUUGAAAGCCACCGAUUGUCAGAAGUUCAUUUACGGCUCUGAGCGGAAACACCGAGUGUUCGAUAUCAAGAAACUCAGCCCGGAUCUCCAGAUCGUUGAGAUGCCUUCCCUGUGGGAGAUGAUCGAGGGUCAAGCUCCCCCAUAUCCUUUUGAGAAAACUUACGAAGAGGAAGAGGACAAUGUGGCCCUCAUAAUUCACAGCUCGGGCACAACAGGGUUGCCAAAGCCGGUCUAUCUCACCAAUGGAUACUUUGGUGUUAUUGAUCGUAUUGUCAAUCUUCCCUAUCCGCCUGGUCGUCGUCCCUCUUACUGGCACACUUUGGGACCGCAGGAUCUAGUCUUGUCAACAACUCCCUUUUUCCAUGUUAUGGGGUACAUGGCACUUAUGGAAUCGCUGUUCCACAGUAUUCCAUUCGUUACUCCGCCGGACAAGCCCUUGUCGCCCGACUUGAUCGUUGAUGUGAUCGAUGCCGCGAAGCCAACUGCUGCCGUAUUCCCGCCUUCUCUGCUGGAAGAAAUGAGCCAUUCGGAUCGCGCACUGGACGGUAUCUCUCGCUUGAACCAGGUGAACUUUGGGGGAGCGCCACUCUCUCCGGAGAUUGGAGACAAGCUCUGCAAAGUGACCACCUUGCUGACUGUCAUUGGUGCCAGCGAGGUUGGUCUCAUCCCCACCAUGCAGCCAUUGUCGGCCGAGGACUGGGGUUACUACGAAUGGAAUCCGUACUUCGGAGUGGAUAUGCAAUUCGUCGGGGAGAACAUGUAUGAGUUGGUGAUCAAGAGGGCCCCGACCCGAGAGUUCCAGGGCAUCUUCCACACCUUCCCCGAGCUGCAGGAAUACCGGACCAAGGACGUCUUCAUCCCGCAUCCCACCAAGCCGAACAAGUGGAUAUACCACGGGCGCAUCGACGAUGUCAUUGUCCUCAGCAACGGAGAGAAGUUCAACCCGGUGACCAUGGAGAAGAUCAUCGAAGGACAUCCCCUUGUUUCCCGUGCCGUCAUUACCGGUCAGGGUCGGUUCCAGUCGGCCCUCCUGGUGGAGCCCAACUGGAAUGAAUGGAGUGAAGACAAGCCCGUAAGCGAGCUCAUAGACGCGAUAUGGCCGGUGGUGCAGCAGGCGAAUGAAGGCGCUCCGGCUCACGGGCGUGUGCUCAAGUCCAAGAUUGGAGUGGCCAGUAAGAGCAAGCCCUUCAAGACGACGCCGAAAGGGUCCACCCAGCGGCACCAUGUCUACAGGGACUAUGCGGAAGAGAUCGAGGCCAUCUAUAGGGAGAGCGGUGAGGAAGACCUUGCCUCCCAGCAGCUGCCCGAGCAGGCAGAUCUCGCUGGGAUCAAGAACUACGUCCAGAAGGUCGUCUCGUCCAUCCUCGGCAGGUCGGAAAUUGGGGAGAAGGAGGACUUCUUUGGUGCCGGUCUGGACUCUCUGCAGACCGUUCAGCUCACAAGGAUCCUCCAGGGCGCCAUCCGCGCGCGGUAUCCGGACAAAAACAGCGAAGCCAUCACGACGCAGAGGAUCUACUCGAACCCGACAGUCGACCAGCUGUCUCGCUUCGUCAACAAGGUCAUCAACGGCGGCGAGGCAAACGGGUUUGUGGACGAAGAAUCCAGAGCAGAAAAGAUCGAGUCGCUGGUCAAGAAGUACACCGCCGACAUCCCCGUCCAGCAACUGGAUGUGCUAAACCCUCCUCCUGAUGCACACACCGUCAUUCUCACCGGCUCGACCGGUUCUCUGGGGAGCUAUCUCCUCAACGCAUUGCUGGACGAUCCCGCCACUGCCAAAGUCUACUGCCUGAACCGCUCCGCCGACGCAGCACCCAGGCAGCAGAAGAGCUUCCUGGAGAAGGGCUUGCCGUGGGACGCUCGCCGCGCGGCCAAAGUCGAGUUCCUGCAGGCGUCGUUCGGGGCCGAGAAAUUCGGGCUAGAGGACAGCAAAUACGACGAGAUGCUGCAAUCCGUGGACACCAUCAUCCACAACGCCUGGAAGGUCGACUUCAACCACGCCGUCUCGACGUUCGAGGACGUGCACAUCCGCGGCGUGCGCCGCUUUGUCGACUUCAGCCUGCAGAGCGCCCACCACGCGCACAUCCACUUCGUCUCCUCGGUCGCGACCAUCGGCGCCUGGAACCCCUCUCACGGGCCUGCCGUGCCCGAGGCCCCCGUCGAGAACCCGGACGUGACGCUCCCGCAAGGAUACGGCGAGUCCAAACACGUCUCGGAGCGGAUCUGCCUGGCGGCAUCGCGGCUCGCGGGCGUGCCGACUACCAUCCUCCGAGUCGGGCAGGUCGGCGGACCAACGCUGGAGAAGGGCGUCUGGAACCGGCAGGAAUGGCUGCCAACGAUCAUCGCGACGUCGAAAGCGACGGGGCGGAUCCCAACAGACCUGGGCUCUAUCAAGGUAGACUGGAUCCCGGUCGACAAGCUGGCGACCAUCAUCCUAGAGCUGAUCGAGACGCGACGAGGGACGCAGUCCGCGACACGCAGUACGGCCUUCAACCUGGUCAACCCAUCAACAACGACAUGGGCAUCACUCAUCCCCGCCGUGCAGCGGUACUACCCGCACGUGCAGCCCGUCUCGCUGUCGACAUGGGUCUCCGAGCUGGAACAGCUCAGCGCGACAAACCCUUCCGAGGACGAAGUCGCAGCCAAGCCGGCCCUCAAGCUGCUAGACUUUUACCGCGGACUCCUCCACACAGAGGGCGGGCUGUCAUCGCCGAUCGAGCAGCGGCAGACGAAAGAAGGCAGCGCGACGAUGCGCAAGCUGGGGCCUGUCGAUCAGCCGUUGAUGGAGAAUUGGUUGAGACAGUGGGCGUUCUAA